AAUGCCUUUGCAGCAGCUCUUGACAAAAAGCAGCGAAACUUUGACAAGGUCCUGGCAGAAUGGAAGCAAAAGUAUGAAGAAACCCAGGCAGAACUUGAGGCCUCCGUCAAGGAAGCAAGAUCUCUAAGCACAGAGCUGUUCAAAAUGAAAAACGCUUACGAGGAAUCAUUGGACCACCUUGAGACAAUGAAGCGAGAAAACAAGAACUUGCAAAGUGAGAUUACAGAUCUAACGGAACAGAUUGUGGAAAGCACCAAAACAAUCCACGAACUUGAGAAGUCUAAAAAGCAGGUGGAGCAAGAAAGGACAGAAAUGCAAAGUGCCCUGGAAGAAGCAGAGGCAGCCCUUGAGCACGAGGAAGCCAAAAUCCUACGUGUUCAACUUGAAUUAACUCAGGUGCGAGCGGAUAUUGACAGAAAGAUUGCAGAGAAAGAUGAGGAAAUUGACCAGCUCAAGAGAAACUACGCCAGGGUGUUGGAGACCAUGCAGACAGCGCUAGAAUCUGAGAUCCGGAGCAGGAAUGAAGCUGUGCGGAUUAAAAAGAAGAUGGAAGGGGAUCUGAAUGAAAUGGAGAUCCAGCUUAGCCACGCAAACCGGCAAGCAGCAGAAGCUCAGAAGCACCUGAGGAUUGUUCAAGGACAAUACAAGGAUGCACAAUUGCAGUUAGAUGAUGCUCUCCGAGGCCAGGAAGAUUUGAAAGAGCAGCUGGCGAUGGUGGAACGCCGAAGCAGUUUAUUCCAGGCUGAGAUCGAGGAGUUGAGGGCUUCUCUGGAACAGACAGAAAGAGCCCGGAAAGUUGCUGAGCAAGAACUUAUGGAUGUUACUGAACGUGUACAGCUGCUCCACACCCAAAACACCAGCCUCAUUAACACAAAGAAGAAGCUUGAAACAGACAUCUCACAGCUACAAGGGGAGGUUGAGGAUUCAACGAAGGAUGCAAGAAAUGCAGAGGAGAAGGCAAAGAAGGCCAUUACUGAUGCAGCCAUGAUGGCUGAAGAGUUAAAGAAAGAACAAGACACCAGCGCUCAUCUUGAGAGGAUGAAGAAGAACCUGGACCAGACGGUGAAGGACUUGCAGCUUCGGCUGGAUGAAGCUGAGCAGCUAGCCCUGAAAGGUGGAAAGAAGCAGAUUCAGAAGAUGGAAGCUCGGAUUCGCGAGCUAGAGGGUGAGGUUGAUUUGGAGCAGAAGCGAGGUGCGGAAGCCAUUAAGGGCGUGCGCAAAUACGAAAGACGUGUGAAGGAAUUGUCCUUCCAGGCUGAAGAAGAUAGAAAGAAUAUACUAAGAUUGACCGACCUGGUCGACAAACUUCAGCUCAAAGUGAAGUCUUACAAGAGGCAGGCAGAGGAGGCGGAGGAGCAUUCCAAUACUCACCUCACCAAGUGCAGAAAAUACCAGCAUGAGCUGGAAGAGGCAGAGGAGCGUGCAGACAUUGCAGAGUCACAGGUCAAUAAGCUGAGAGUCAAGACCCGUGAA